AUGUCAUCGACUGGCAAGACGAAGGAGAAGAACCAGAGCAAGGGCGCCGAGAAGCAGGCCAAAGACAAGGCCGAGAAAUUCGAUUGGUCGAGGACGACAGGUCCCGACCAGAGGGAUCCUCGUUGCUCGGGCCCUCCGUGCAACGGAUCUCACGAUCCUGCCCCUCCGGGCCGUGGAUCGCCGACGGGAUCCAACAGCCAUGGAACAUGGACUUCAUGUGCCAGAUGCAAGCUGCGCCUGUCAUACACUCCGAGCUUCGGAGCCCAUGCUUUGUGCCGAAAGGCCGGAGCACUUCCAGCCGACGUCCAACAGCAAGUGGAGGAGUUGGGCAACGAGGCUCCAUACAACCUGAAGCUCCGAGACAAGGACAUUGGCCUGGACAGCGCAGAGAAAAGCUGCCUGGCGAAGUUGGAGAAGAUCAAGGCGCAGAAGGCAGGCUAUCACCUGGAGAAGGGCAACAAGGAGAAGGGUCAAGCUUCCACUUCGGGGCCUGGAUACCCGACUCCGGCAACUCCUGUGGCUGUGCCCAAGGCGACCAUGCCAAAUGGACCCAUGACGAUCAACCUGGAGGAGGCCGACCAUGAGCAUGCUUCCGGGACGAAAAGGUCGCAGAAUGAACCCCUCGGAGGAGUUGGAGGCAGAACAAAGAGAGGAAGAUCUAUCAACUCCGACAUCAAUCGCGGUGAUUUCUCCGUGAAUGAAGAUGAGAAGAUCUCCAAGUAUGAGCUCAUCCUGGAAGAUGAGACGAUGCUGGACAAGGACAACAACGAUGAGAACAUGCCUGCAGAGAACUAUGUCCCAAGGGCCUUGGACACUUCUGAAGAGGCCUUUGUCUUGAAUGUCCUCAGGACGCACUUCGAGGACGUGGAUGAGGAGAUCUAUGCAUGCGGUGGCAUGCGGGAAUGCGACAGGCUGGAUGUCCUGGAGCUUUGCUGCGAGGAGGACAGCCUUCUCACGAAGACUAUCCAACAACUUGGAGGCCGAGCUGAGCGUGCUGGUUUGUUCAACGGCUGUGACCUGAUGAAAGCUUCUGGACGCGAGAAGAUCAAGGAGAUCAUCAAGGUGAGGAAACCAAGAUGGAUCUGGGUUUCCUAUCCGUGCGGGCCCAAUAGCCCCAUUCAGCACCUCAAUGAGCUCACAGAAGAUGGAUGGUUGAAAAGUAUGAAGCGGAGGCAGAAGUGCAGGAAGCUCAUAAGAUACGGCAAUGAGAUCCUCCUGGACUAUGUCAACGCUGGUGGAAAUGUGGCUUGGGAAUGGCCACGGAACAAUGAUGGGUGGCAUUUGUCUGAGGUUCGAAGUUUUUGGCAACAGAUGGACUUUGUGGACCACAACUUCGACGGCUGCAUGUUCAACCUUCGAUGUCAUGAAGGGUUCCAUAAGAAGCCCUGGACAGUGCGAACAAACCGCAAUGGUGUGUUCCAUCCUCUGGAACGACAAUGUGAUGGCAGCCACAGACAUGUGCCAUCGAUGGGUGGAACUACAGCAAGAAAGACAGGUCUCUACACGGUUCAACUUUGCACAGCAGCUGCCAAAUGCAUGCUGUCCUACCACGAGACCGACUACUCCAUCUUCACCCUGGACUCCGUGAAGAUUGACAGGGAGUCGCUCAAGACCAUGACGACGCAAGAACUCGAACGACUUGCCCUCACCGUGCUCAAGCUUCAUCGACGAUGUGGACAUCCUAGCAACAGAGCUUUGGUCAAGACCUUGGCCGCUCGAAACGCCGACCCAAAGAUGCUGGCCAUCGCUGAACAACUCAAAUGUGAUGAAUGCCAAGAGGGCCAAUUCAGCAAACCAUCUGUGGUGGUAUCUCUGGAAAAGGAGGAGAAGAUUUGGAACACCCUCCAGAUGGACAUUUUCUUCUUCAAGCAUGGGACCAACGUCCACCACUUUCUGGUCAUGUUGGACGAGGCCAGCGGUUUCUCCAUCACGGCGGAGCUCUUGAUUCACACCACCGACAUCCAUGCCAACGUGGACACACCCAGUGUCAUUGAGGGCCUUGAAGGCUCCUGGUUCCAGUACUUUGGACACCCUGGAAGGAUCCGUUGUGACCUUGAAGGUGCUUUCAGAGGAACCGAGUUGGCGGACUACUGCGCUGACCGUGGCAUUGAACUAUUACAAGUUCCUGCCGAACAUCACCAAGCUACUGGCGAUGUGGAGCGUAUGGUGGGUGAGUUGCGCCACAAGAUCGAGCUCUUUUUGCGCAACGAGGAUGUUCCACCCCGAAGAGCUGUCUACGCUAUGACGACAGCCCACAACCACCUUUCAAGAGUUGGAGGUUUUGCCCCGGCACAAUGGGCAUUUGGACGACAGGUGGAUGACCUUGACAAUGUGGCCAUUCACACCUCUGAAGGUACUGCAGACCAUGCCAUGUCUGACAACUUACAACUUCGACUACGUGCGGAGAAGAAGUACCUUGAGCUCCAUGCCCGGGCCAAGAUUUCACGGGCCCUCAACACCCGUGGCAAACCUUCAGUGCGUUUUCUUCCUGGAGAUUUGGUGUUCUACAAGCGCUACAAGGUGCCCUCAGACUUCCCAGCUCACGAGCUGGUGGAUCAACCAAAGUUGAGAAUUAGCCGUUGGUAUGGCCCAGGGAGAGUCCUUGCGAGUGAGACGAGGGUUCAAGAAGAAGGAACCCGUCGCACAGCGGCAUCUACAGUUUGGGUAGUGGCACAGGGAAGGAUGAAGAAAUUUCAUCUUGAUCAACUUCGACAUGCAAGUGAGCGAGAACGGCUGAUUGCCGAGCAGACCACAGCCCCAACAAUGCCGUGGACUCGCAAUGCCCUGGAGUCUUUGAUUCAAAAGGGUGCCUACGAUGACCACACCUGUGACUUCCAGGAGAAGAAUCCCAACAAGAGCCAACGUCGUGCCCAACAGCGGUCCAGAACACCAGCGAUGUUGGAACGGAAACGACUUCCACGACCUGCUGAUCCUGGACCUCCACCUCAACCUGAACCUCAAGAAGUUCAGAUGGAUCAAGCUGAUGGUCUACUCCCUGGACAAGAUCUACGACCUGAAGGAGCUCUACAACCAGAACUUCCCUCUUCGUCUUCGGCGAGGCGAGAUCCUGAGAACGAGCCUGUGAUUGAUGGCCGACGCCUGCUGAUGGAUGUGGAUUACAACCCUCUGAAGAGGAUUGCUGGUUCUGAAGCCCAACCUGGUGACGAGACCUUCCGUCGUCAACGCCGACAACAUGAGCUUGAUGACCGACCUCUGCAUGUCAAGCGCCAGGAGCUGAUUGAAGCUAGCAACUGGUGCUGCAAGGUUGAGAAUGACUUCGUCUACGGUGUGGAGAUACCCAUCCCGGAGAACGAAGCAGCCUGGCGGAAGAUCUUGAAAGAUCCCUGCAAAUUUGCAGCGAAAAGUGUUCAGAAAGGAGCUGAAGUUUCCUGGCACAAGCUGGAUGCCAAACAAAGAGAGGCCAUGCAAGCUGCGAAGCUGACUGAGGUGGACCAAUGGGUCAAAGAGGAGGUGUGCCAAAAGUUCAAAGGGAUUAUCCCUGCUGGCAGGUUGAUGAGGAUGCGAUGGGUUUUGACUUUGAAGAGCACCUCAGAUCCCUCUACUGCCAAGUGCAAGGCGAGAAUUGUCUUGCUGGGCUACACCGACCCAGACCUGGAAACCCUUCAGACUUCAGCACCGACUUUGACGAGGAGGUCGCGACAAUUGGCUUUAAGCCUGGCCUGUGCAAAGCGCUGGAAGCUGGUCAAGGCGGACGCCAAGAGUGCCUUUCUACAGGGCACUGCGACUCAAUCUGAUCGCAACAUUUUUGCGAUCCCGGUGCCUGAGCUUGCUGAAGCCCUUCAAGUUCCACAAGGCCAAGCUGUGAAAAUGCUGAAGGCCGCUUAUGGCCUGGUCUCAGCACCUCGCGAAUGGUUCCUGGAGGUGAACAAAGUUGCCACAGAGAGCUGCAAAUUGCGACAGCUGAAAUCUGAUCCUUGCAUGUGGGUACUGGAUGGCCAUGGUCCUGAAGCAGAACCCCGUGGCUUCAUUACUUCCCACGUGGACGAUUUCCUGAUCGCUGGUGACGACAACGAUCCAGAAUGGCAAGCCUGUCUUUCAACUUUCAAGGCUGCAUUCAGGUGGUCACCAUGGGAAAACACACCUUUCCAACACUGUGGAGUUAUGGUGGAUCAACUGGAGGACUUCUCAUUCCAGUUGGGCCAUGAUGAGUACUGCACCGAGAUCAAGCAGAUCGACAUCAUCGCCGGUGCAGAAGGUGUCAGCCCCACUGAGUUGGCACAGGCAAGAGCAGUGUUGGGCGCCGCUCAAUGGCGAGCCUUGCAGACGGCUCCUCAGCAUGCCGCUAAGGUUUCGCUUCUGCAGAGCAUGCUUCCCCAUGCGUUGGACUCCAAGGACGUGCUGCACCAGAUCAACAAACUAUGUCGCGAACUUUAUGCUCAGCGCUACAUCUCUGUGAAUAUCAAGCAGCUGAACCCCAAGAACCUCCGGGACUUGGGCAUCGUUUGCUGGACAGACGCUGCAGUUGGAAAUAGACCAGAUUUAUCAUCAACUGGUGGAUUCAUUGCAGGUCCAGUCUCGCUGCCGAGAUACAGGCAUUGGCGGAAGGAGAACAGGAAUUUCAUGUUCCUGAGGACUCAAUGGGCCGAAUUGCUUGGGAUCCCUCUCAACCUGAGAGAACCACACCAUGCAACAAGCCAGAUUCCAGCAGCCUUGGUCGUCGAUGCGAAGAGCGUCUUCGAUGCGGUCCAGAAGGGCGACACAGCGAGCGCAGCUUUUGGGCUGAAAGAAAAAUAUUCAGCUCUCGAACUGCUGGCGGUGGUGGAGAACAUUCGCUUGCAGAAGACGCCGUUGCUGUGGGUGUCAUCUGACGCCCAAUUGGCGGAUGGACUUACAAAACCAGCUGCCCAGGAACUCAUGAAGAAUUUCUUGAUGCGAGGGCAGCAGUGGAAUGUCAAAUACGACCCGAACUUCGUGGCCGCCAAGAAAAAGCCUAAGGAAGAAAGGAUGACGCAAUCAGCGCCUGUGACAACUUCUACCCCAUCUGAUUGGGCGCUGAGUGUGGUGCAAAUGCUGCAACAAGCUCACUCACCCUUUGGCAACAGCAGUGCUGCUCGUACAGCCUACGCCAUAGCUGCGUGGAGCAACCCAGAACCUUCGGCGGUGCCGUUACCUCGCUGGGUGGAGGAGACUCCAUUGGCACCGCUCGAGAUCGGGAGUCCAUUUCUCUUCCCCGAUUCGCUUCAAUCGUCGCCGCUGGAGGCAACUCAGCUCGCUGCGCCGAAGAGCUUCGAUUUUUCACGGCUCAAAGUGCAGGCUGAGCGGAUUGCCUCCUCCAAGUAA